AUGGCUCCUAUUCGAAAACUCAUCCUCGCUCUGGCUUUGGACUUCCUCCAAGUCCAAGCCCAGUGCCCUACCCUCCCAUCUUCCCCGUCUCUACAAACAAUCUCAACCCUCCCUGACCCAUUCUCCUGGUACCCUGCCCAAGAGGGCCGCAUCUCCAGUGCAGAAGACUGGACCUGCCGGCGCUCGCACAUUACCACGCUCCUGCAGCAGCUCGAGCUCGGCGAGAAACCACCCACCCCGUCCUCAGUCACCGCAACCCUAUCCAGCAACACCCUCUCAAUCACGGCAACUGAGUCUGGAAACAGCAUAUCUUUCGAUGUGGACAUAUCGUACCCUGCAUCAGGUAACGGACCGUUCUCGGCUAUAAUCGCCUACGGCGCUCUUAGUCUCCCUCUCCCCGAAGGCAUCGCAACAAUCACCUUCCCCAACGACCUAAUCGCCGAACAAACUGACACAUCCAGUCGUGGGAAAGGUCUAUUCUACGACCUCUAUGGAUCGGAUCAUUCGGCCUCUGCCAUGACGGCAUGGGCCUGGGGUGUAUCCGUUCUCAUUGAUGCCUUGGAACAGUCUGAUUCCACUGCCGAUAUCGACACGACCAGACUGGCCGUCACAGGCUGUUCGCGAAACGGCAAAGGCGCGCUCAUCGCCGGCGCAUUCGACGAUCGGAUUGCCCUGACGAUUCCGCAGGAAUCUGGCACAGGCGGGACAGGAUGCUGGCGGCUUGCAGACGCCGAAGAUGCAGAGGCCGGGGCUGGGUCUGUGCAGACGGCAAGCCAGAUCGUGACGGAGAAUGUAUGGUUCUCGACCUCGUUCGAGGCGUAUGUUGACGAUGUGAAUUCCCUGCCGUUUGACCACCAUAUGCUGGCUGGAUUGAUCGCCCCGCGGGCGUUGCUCUCGCUUGAUAAUGUCGGUUAUGAGUGGCUAGGGCCUUGGUCGUCGCUGGGGUGUAUGCAGGCUGCGAGGAGCGUGUGGGAGGCACUGGGCGUCGGGGAUCGGAUGGGCUAUUCGUUGGCGAGUGACCAUAGCCAUUGCCAGUUUCCAGAGGAGCAGAGUGGUGAUUUGGAUGUCUUUCUUCGCAGGUUUUUGCUGGGUGAGGAGGUUGAGACGGAUGUUGAGAAGGAUUAUCCCAGCUUGGGGUUUGACCGUGAUGCCUGGGUUGACUGGGACGUGCCAGUUCUGUGA